CUCAGCGGCCAUGGCUCACGGGCCCAGCCGCUCUGCGGCAUGUGGGAUCUUCCCGGACCGGGGCACGAACCCGUGUCCCCUGCAUCAGCUGGCGGACUCUCAACCACUGCGCCACCAGGGAAGCCCCCUCCUCCUGAGUUUUAUCUCCAGGUCAAGGAAUAUAUAUUACAUACAAUGACCUUUCUUUCUAGAUCAUUCCCUCUUCAGAGUUCUUUGGAGAGAACCGAGGAAGGUUUGCAGGUGCUAAAACUACCUCCUCCUCCUCCUUUCCCCUGACUCGUGUUUCCCAUAAGAGUUUUUCUUUUCUAUCCCAUGGACUGGCCUUCCUCCAGCCAGGCCUAAGUUUGUUUUCUGAGCGUUGGUUUCUCUUUGGGGGUAAUAAGGAAGUUGUCAAGCAAAACUGUUUUUUCCAGGGUAGCUGAGAUAAGCCUCUUAUCUGUGGAGAAGCGGAGAGCAGCCCUGGGAUAGGAUGACGGGGCUGUAGUGGGUGGCCCCUGGAUUGGCUGCCCAUGAGCUCACCUCCUGGGACAUAUGAUAAAGCAUCUUCUGAAUCUGGAAACCGGCAGCAUAUUCUCCCUCAGAGAGCUGGGACUACUACCCCUCAUUGGAUACAACUUACAGCAGACAGGGAGUGGUGCCUACACGUUGCUGGGAGUACCCAAUGCAGAGCCCCCCAGUUGGAAGGUACGGACCAAAAUUGCCCUGGGACAGGAGUGACUUUCAUGGUCUGAGUGCAAUGGAGCUGCCGCGGGGCCCAAGGAAGCCUCUGUCAGGGAGGAGAGCCAGGUCUCUGGACAGGCUGCAGAACCCCCAGAAGGAUUCAGAGUCACGGGACUGCUGGUGCAUUUCCCGGCCCACCAGCCCCUCCAGAAGGCUGCUGCGCCGGACGGCCAGCGAUGGGGCCAAAUGUCCCAAGAGCCCAGCUCAGUCUGCGGAGGCUCAGCGCACCACGGCUGCAGCCCUCAGCCCAGAGGAGACCAGGAAGUUUCUCCCCAGUGAGCACAGGCCUCCGCAGGACACCAAGAAGGACAAGGCCCAGGGUCGGGCCCAGCAGGGGUGGCUGAAGACCAUGAUGAACUUCGUAUCUGGGACGAGCCCUGAGGAGCCCAAGGAAAAGACCAACAAGAGGGCCAAGGGGAAGGAGGGCUUCCCCGAGCCUGCAGAAACCCCCGAGACACCGGGCGAGCCAGCUCCCAGGAAGAAAGCCCACAGCAAGAAGGCCAGCCGCAAGAAACACGGUCACAAGAAACAUGGUGCUGAGGAAACCAAGGGCAUCCGAGAUCAGGAGGCCAAAGGGCAGGAGGCCAAGAUGGCUGGUGCCUCAUGCUGCGAGGAGGCUGAUCUGGGCCCAGCAGCUGGGGGAGGGGAAGUUUCUGACCUCCCCCAGUUCUCCCUCCUUGAAGGUGGAGGUGCUGGAGUCCGGAAGGUUUCUUCCCAAGCCACAGGUCGCCAGGGAGAAGAGGAGCUCGGAAAGCCUGACAGUGAGUCAGAAUCUUCUUAUACCCUUCGCCUGUGGAUCUUCCAAGCCUCUCUCAGAAGGACCAGCCCCUGUAAUGUGGUGCUUCUCCCACACCCCACCUUCCAAAGAUUAACUGGGUGCAUUUGUUUUCUUCCAGAGGAUACCAUCAUCCAGAAGAUAGCGGGAUUUCUCAAAAAAGUGGGAGACCAGUGGGAAGAAGAGGUGAGGGGCAAACUGUCUGCACAGAUGCCCAGGGGCCUGCUGCCUUCCCCUCCUCCUCCUUGCUCGAGCCCACCUGUCCUUCUGGGCCUCAGCGCUCCCCUGCUCCAGGCUCUGUCACCUCCCUUGCCUGGGGCCGCCCUGAAGCCCUUGGUUGCCCCUCAGUUGCUUCUUGGGGAGCUUUCCCCUCUCCUCAAGGUCAGGGGCUUGACCCAGUUUCUCUCAUCUCCCCCACAGCAGCAUCAAGCCUCUCAGCCAGAGGUGGCUCCUCAAAACCCAGCACCAGGCUUCAGGAAGAAACCCCAAGAGAGAAAGUCUAGCCUCAAGAAAGCCUUUUCUCAUAAGAAACAUGGUUUUGAGGAGCCCAAGAGAGCACAGGCUGCAGAUGUUUCCAGCCCAGAGUCCCGGCCGCCCAAGAGGCCCAGCUUUCUGCCCCUGUGUGUUGGUGGCCAUCGACCCUCCAGCUCCAGCAGCCCAGGUGUGGAAAAACCUGAAUUCCAAGAGACUCUGUCUACAGAUGGUGGGGAUCCAAGUCCCUUCGAGCUUUCCAACCCAGCAGGAAGCCGGGGACCCGAAGAGGACCUGCAGCUGGACAGAGCCUCGGAAUUCAAGGAAUUUAUCCAGGAGAUCAUGGACCUACUCCAAGAUGCAGAGGAGCAGGGGGGAGACAAGCAACUUCAAGUCCAGGAGGCACAAGUGGCUGUAGGAAACCUGGCCCCAACCUCCAGAAAGAAAUCACAAGAGAAAAAGUCCAGUUUCAGAAAAGCCUUUUCUCAUAAGAAACAUGGCUUGAAGGAGCCCAAGAGAGGGGCUGCUGCAGGUGCUGCCAGUCCAGAGUCCCGGCCGUCAAAGAGGCCCAGCUUUCUGCCCCUGUGUGUUGGUGGCCAUCGACACUCUAUCUCCAGCAACCCUGAUCCGGAGGAUGUGGAGUUCCAGGAGUCCUCGCCUGCAGAAGGGGGGCCAGUUGGAUCCUCAGAAGCACCCUCCCAGGCCAGAAGCCACAAGCCAGAAGCAGGACCUCAGCCACAUGGAGCAAAUGAAUCUAAGGAGCUGAUCAUCCAGAAGCUGGUGGCCCUUCUCCAAGAAGUGGAUGGCCAGUUGGGGGAGCAGUUCAGGCAACACCCCAACUUUAAGAAGUUUUUCUACAAGCUUCCAGACUCUUCCCUCAGAAAUCUCGUAGCCACCCUGCGCCCCCAGGAGGCCCACUCCACGGAGCCCAAGAGACCCUACCCGUUUGUCUUUGGCUUGGCUAACAAAUGUGCUGGCAGCAAUCACCAAGCCGUCCUCAGCCUCACGGGCCUACACUACAGGCGACCGAGUUUUAGCCAGUUCCCAUACAGGGAGGACCAGCAGGUGAGAAAGCGCAAUAUGGCAUGAGGGGCCACAGACUCACAAUCACAAGGAUCUGCCUACAGCCCUCUCCCCUCCCCUGCUUACUUCAGGACUUCUGGGAUCCAGCUCAAAUGCCACCACCUUGUCAAGGCCUUCUGAGACAAUUCUACGCCACAGCAGCCUCUUUCUUUUCCAAACCACGCCCUCUUUGCCUGCUCAUUAGCUAAUCAGCAUCUUCUUUAUUUGGUCUCUCACUGGAUGUGCAUUUUCACACUUCUUGACAUCAGUGUGGGAUGUUGGACCAGCUACUAUCUUAGCCGCCCUCUUAUGAUUCCAUGGGUUGUGCUGCUUGGCUUUCCAAUUGAGACUGUCGUAAAAUUUAGAGAACAAAGUAAAGUAAGAUCACGUAUCAAAUAAGGUAGGUGAGAAGGAUCCCUGGGGCUGUUUGGUUCUGGAAGGCUUCCUGGAGGCCAUUCUUCACUGACCUUGCCUUGAUUGAUUAAUUAAGAAUAGCCUCUUUUUUGAAUUAUGGUUUUCUCAGGGUAUACACCCAGUAGUGCAGGACAGGUGUAAAGACGCAGAUGUAGAGAAUGGACUUGAGGACAUGGGGAGGGGGGAGGGUAAGCUGGGACAAGUGAGAGAGUGGCAUGGACAUACAUACACUACCAAACGUAAAAUAGAUAGCUAGUGGGAAGCAGCAUAGCACAGGGAGAUGAGCUCGGUGCUUUGUGACCACCUGGAGGGGUGGGAUAGGGAGAGUGGGAGGGAGGCACAAGAGGGAGGG